AUGACUGAAGGUAUGCCAUUCACAGUACCCUCUACUGCUGUCUUACUCAUAAACACGGCUGACUUGACCGUCGGAGUUAUUCCGGGGACUGGAGUCCCUCUGGUCCCCCCAGCUCGGAUCGCUGCAGCUCAGCUCGGACUGCGUUCUUGGCGGUCGCAUCAAUUGGCGCCGUCUGUGGGAACACAUUAUUCUUCUUUGCGAAUCAUGCCGAGGACUAGAUCCCAGAGGAACGCUGACGGAUCCAAGGGGACCGAACGAAGUGGCCCCCAAAACUCCCCUUGGGGUCCAACACCUGGAGAAGGAGGGGCGGGGCCCUCACGAAUCCCGCCUGAACAGCUGGUUCAGACGGUGGCUGAUAACCUACCCACCUUCGAGGCGAUCGUGAACUACAUAAAAGAGCAGUCGGGAGGUCAUCAGGACCAGGAACCUAAGGUCCAGGGAGUGGACCUGUCAGAGUCCCGAACCGGGAGUCCCAAGCCAGGGGCCAAGCGGGCGCGCCGGGAACUCACGCGUGAGCAGGUCGAGGUCGUAGAGCCCUCUCACAAGAACUCCCGAACUGAACACCCGGAGCCAGUCCGGAGGCUCUCAAGGGGAGAACUCACCCCGCUGAAAGAGCGACAACAGGUGCAGGAUGAGCUGGACCUACUGCUGGACUCAGAGGCUAACAGGCACAUUGUUUCCCCCUUUGCGCUCGAUAUUGAGGACUACCCAUUGCCCGCGAAGUUCAAAAUUUCACACAUGAAAUCUUACGACGCAACUACGGACCCGGAGGACCACUUGUUCGUGUUCUUGACACAGAUGCACCUGCAAACGGUCGCGGAUGUGGUCAGAUGCAAGACCUUCCCGAUGUUCCUGGAAGGAAAAGCCCGGCAGUGGUUCCAGGGACUUCCCCCCAGGUCAAUCCGGUCUUUCACCCAACUCGCACGACUGUUCUCAACACAGUUCGUUUCUUCGCGAGCCUUCUCUAAAAGCACCGCUCACCUCAUGACAAUCCAGCAAAGGGCUGAGGAGUCGUUACGCGAAUAUAUGGUGCGAUUCAAUAACGAAUCCCUCCAGUUCCGUGACCGAGAAGACAAGGUGGUCUUGGCUGCUUUCAUCAACGGGCUGCGGAAGCAGAAGUUGUACACUGAGCUCGUGGAGAGACCACCCAGAUCAGUUCGGGAGAUGCUGGACCGAGCUCAUGAGAAGGCCAAUGCCGAGGAGGCCAAUCGCUUGAAGAGCGCGCAAGAAAGACAGAAGGAUGACAAACGCCGAAGGAAUACCGACCAGGGUGACGUGCGACAGGGACGAAAGAAUACCUAUGACCACCCGCCGAGAGAUCGGCCCCUGGGGAGAGAUAAGCCUUGGACUUCCCUCACGGCCCCCCGAGCUCGGGUCCUUGCGGUGAUGGAGCAGGAAGGGCUUUCCCGACCUCCACGACCCUUGGCCGGGAACAAAAGCAGACGGGACCAGGGCCUGCACUGCGCAUAUCACCGAGAUGUGGGGCACGAUACGGAGGAUUGUCGUCAUCUGAAAAAGGACAUUGAAAAGCUGAUCAAACGAGGCCACCUCGGGCAGUUCAUACGAGAUGAACGGGUUGACCAGCGACGGGCGAGGCCCAAGUCAGACCACCUGAGCUAUCCCCGCGACCGACCUCAGGGGCCUCGCGGCCGAACUCCCGAGCAGGAAGCUCAAAAUCUGGCUGGAGUGAUCAACAGCAUUGCCGGAGGACCGAUGGGAGGGGAUAGUCAUACAGCUCGGCGGCACAACCGUCCCCCUCCCAGCGGAGAAAGCUCGAGCAAGCGGCUAAGGAUGUACGAGGAGAUUAUCUACGGGCCCGAAGAUGCAGUGCCUUUAGCUUCCAACAACCACGAAGCUAUCGUAAUAGAGGUCAUCACUUGUAAUUACAAGGUAAAGAAGGUAUACAUUGACAACGGCAGUGCUAUCGAUGUGUUGUACUACAAGACCUUUAAAGAGCUGCAGCUAGAUGACGGACAGCUCGUCCCGGUCCGGACUCCAUUGAUCGGCUUUGCUGGCCCUCCAGUAAGACCUGAGGGGAUGAUAACUCUCAGGGUCACAGUGGGGGUAUCGCCAAAAUGCCGAACGGUGCCAGUAAAUUUCGCGGUGGUGAAAGAGCCCUCAUCAUACAAUAUGAUUCUGGGACGGCCCACUUUGAACGCCCUCCGGGCUAUCUGUUCCAUCUUGCAUCUCAGCAUGAAGUUUCCUACUCCAACUGGGGUAGCGGAGGUGCUUGGAGAUCCAGAGGUGGCUAGGGCCUGCUAUAUUGCAACUCUCAAAGGCAAGGAGAAGUUGGUAGCCCAAACUACUUGCUUAGAGCCCUGGGAGCCAAUGGAGAAAGGAGAGAGACUAGAGACGGAUGAGGGGCUGGUUGAGCAGCCCAUCCGAUCCGACCGACCUGAGCGCACGGUCAAGGUCGGCACGUGUCUCGAUGAGCAGACCCGAAACUCUCUAAGAUCCCUUUUAGAGGAGUACGCUGAGAUCUUUGCUUGGAGUGCGGAGGACAUGCUAGGAACCCCCACCGAGCUAGCCGUUCACAAGCUGCACGUGGACCCUCACGCUCGACCUGUGAAACAGAAGAAAAGGAGCUUCGCACCUGAACGGAAUGAGGUCGUUAGGAGUGAGGUCAGCAAGCUAUUGGAGGCCAAGAUCGUGAAGGAGGUCUAUUACCCGACCUGGCUGGCUAAUCCUGUGUUGGUCAAGAAGGAAGAAAGAGCUUGGAGGAUGUGCAUGGAUUUCACCGACUUCAAUAAGGCAUGCCCAAAGGAUUGCUACAUUCUCCCCCGGAUCGAUCAGCUUCUGGACUCAACCUCGGGAUACGAGAUUUUCUGUUUUCUGGAUGCAUUCAAGGGGUAUCACCAAAUAGCCCUGGAUGAGGAGGAUCAAGAGAAGACCUCGUUCAUCAUUGAAAAGGGCACUUAUUGUUAUGUCACCAUGCCGUUUGGACUGAAGAAUGCAGGUGCAACCUACCAAAGGUUGGUGAAUAAACUAUUCAAAGACCAGAUCGGCCGGAACAUGGAGGUUUAUGUGGACGACAUGUUGGUGAAAAGUCGGACCCAGGAGCAGUUCAUCGCAGAUCUAAGGGAAAUUUUCGAUGUCCUUCGAAGCUCACGAAUGCGGCUAAACCCAAAGAAAUGCACCUUCAGGGUCAGGUCGUGA